AGUGGCACACACGCUCCCCAGCCCCGUCCUCCUCCUAUUUAGCUCUCUCCAUUUCCGUCUCCCGCACCGCAAGUUCCCCUGCCCCCAAAACGCACGCCUCCGAUCUCCACGCCGAGACGGCACCCUUUUAUUACCUAUUCCACCACAGCCGCCGCCGGACAGUGAACCCCCGCGGCGGAUUCAGUACUCACUGGGAUAAGAUCACACUACCCCAGGCUGAGUUGUGGCCGGUAUAGGCAAUUUAAGUGUUUGUUAGCUGUUUUCUCUUGUGUCUUAACCUUUGAUUAAAUUUCAUUGAAAGACUGUACAUGAGAAAACCGUGUUGUUGGAACAUUUCUCUUGUAAUAUGAAUAUAUUGUGACAAUCCUUCUUCCUGUGCUAGAAUCAUAUAUUUCAGCUUCAAAGCUCUUCUGGUACUUUUUUAAGUUCCCUACUGAACCGAAUACCUAAUGCAUUAACUUUAAGCUUGUCGUGAACAUUCAUGAAAAUUCGUGGAUAUUAAUUCAGAACCCUGUGGCAUAUUAACCCUGGAUACUUGGCCAAACGGAAAUUGGAGCUCCUUGUUUAUGUCCUCAAUGGAGAGCCUAGCUCAGUUAGAGGUGUUGUGCGAAAAGCUUUACAAUUCUACAGAUUCGGCUGAAAGAGCACAUACAGAAAGCACCCUCAAGUGCUUUUCAGAGAACAGUGACUACAUUUCACAGUGCCAAUAUAUAUUGGAAAAUGCGUCAACUCCAUAUGCCUUGAUGUUGGCCAGUACAAGCUUGUUGAAGCAAGUCUCUGACUGCAGUCUUUCUCUGCAAUUGCGCCUCGAUAUCCGUAAUUAUGUCAUGAACUAUCUGGCGGCAAGAGGACCUAAAUUGCAGAACUUCGUGAUCAUUUCCCUAAUUCAACUCGUCUGUCGGAUUACAAAAUUUGGAUGGUUUGAUGAUGACAGAUUCAGGGAGAUUUUCAAAGAAGCAACAGAUUUCUUAGCUCUUGCAUCUCAGGAUCACUACUUAAUAGGAUUGAAGAUAUUAAAUUUUCUUGUAAUGGAAAUGAACCAGGCAACCUCGGCAAUGCCUUUGACACUUCACAGAAAAAUUGCAACUUCAUUCAAGGACCAGUUCCUUCAACAGAUAUUCCAACUCUCUGUUACCUCAUUACAUCAACUGAAGAGUGAAGUACCAGAUGACAUUAGGCAUGUCCCUCUGUCCCUUGCAUUGAGGUGCUUGUCAUUUGACUUUGUUGGUCCAGUGGAUGAAAGCUCUGAAGAAUUCGGAACACUGCAGCUUCCUGCAUCCUGGAGGCCUCUUCUUGAAGAUCCUUCCACUGUCCAGAUCUUUUUUGAUUACUAUAAAGUGAAUGAUACAUCCGUUUCAAAAGAGGCUUUGGAAUGUCUUGUUAGACUUGCUUCUGUGAGGCGCAGUAUUUUUCUGGAGGACCCUGCAAGGUCCCAAUUUCUCUCUCAUCUGAUGUCAGGCACCAGGGAGAUACUCCAAACAGGCCAAGGUCUUGGUGAUCACGGCAAUUACCAUGAGUUCUGCCGUCUUCUUGGACGUUUUAAAGUGAAUUAUCAGUUGUCGGAGCUUCUGAAUGUUGAGUUUUAUGGUGAAUGGAUUGGUCUUGUAGCAGAAUUUACAACUAAAUCAUUGCUAUCGUGGCAGUGGGCCAGCAACAGUAUCUACUAUCUUUUAAGUCUAUGGUCAAAGUUGGUGACAUCUCUGCCUUACUUGAAAGGCGACACACCAAGUCUGCUUGAUGAAACUGUACCCAAAAUCAUGGAGGGUUUUAUCACUUCUAGAAUUAAUUCUGUUCAGGCCAGCUUUGCAGACAACUCAGCAGAUACAGAAAAUCCGUUGGAUAAUGUGGAAGGACUCCAGGAUCAGCUGGAGAGUCUCCCUUACCUUUGCAGAUUCCAGUACGAAAGUUGUAGCCUUCUCAUUAUAAAUAUCAUGGAGCCCCUUCUACAAGCUUAUACGGCAAGGUCCAGAUUACCAGCUGCUGGAGAUUUAGCUGAGCUGUCUGUCAUUGAAGGGCAGAUUGCAUGGAUGGUCCACAUAAUUGCAGCUAUUCUCAAGAUUAGGCAGAACGUUGGUCGCAUCAAAGAUUCACAGGAGUUACUCGAUGCAGAACUUGCAGCCCGUGUGUUACAGUUCAUAACUAUUACUGACACAGGAGUGCACUCACAGAGAUAUCAAGAAUUAAGCAAGCAAAGGCUUGAUCGAGCCAUUCUUAUCUUUAUGCAAAAUUUCAGAAGGUCAUAUGUAGGGGACCAAUCCAUGAAUUCUGCAAAGCAGUUGUAUGCAAGAUUAUCUGAGCUUCUUGGAUUGACUGACCAUUUAGUUUUACUCAAUGCUAUUGUUGGGAAAAUAGCUACAAAUCUGAAGUGCUAUGCUGAGUGUGAGGAUGUUAUUGAUCAUACACUGUCAUUUUUCCUGGAGCUUGCAUCUGGCAGCUACAUGACUGGAAAGCUUCUUCUCAAGUUGGAGAGUACAAAGUUCAUCAUUGCAAAUCACUCUCCGGAAAACUUUCCAUUUCUUGACGAAUACAGAUGCGUCCGCAGUAGAACUAACUUCUACUAUAUUCUUGGCUCCUUGGUCUUUAUGGAAGAUGGCCCAGUAAAAUUCCAGAGUUUCAUGAAGCCACUUAUGCAGGUUGCAAUAAAUUUGGACGCAAGUGCUGAUGCUGCUUUCAGGACUGAUAUCGUAAAGUAUGCAUUCACUGGUUUGAUGAGAGACCUACGAGGCAUCGUGAUGGCUACAAACAGCCGCCGGACGUAUGGCCUACUAUUUGACUGCUUGUAUCCAUCCUGCAUGCCACUUCUACUGAGAGCUAUCUCCCUGCUGGCUGAUGAGCCAGAGGUCACCACACCAUUACUCAAAUUCAUUUCUGAAUUUGUUUUGAAUAAAUCUCAACGAUUGUCUUUUGAAUCAUCAUCACCAAAUGGAAUCCUUCUAUUCCGCGAGAUAAGCAAGCUGAUUGUGGCUUAUGGUUCACGAAUUCUAUUGCUUCCAAAUGGCACUGAUAUUUAUGCAAGUAAAUACAAAGGCAUAUGGAUUUCAUUGACUGUUCUUUCAAGGGCCUUAUGUGGGAACUAUGUCAAUUUUGGUGUAUUUGAGCUUUACGGUGACAGAGCACUUGCAGAUGCCCUCGAUAUAUCUUUAAAAAUGAUUCUUUCAAUACCAUUAUCUGAUGCAUUGACAUUCAAAAAGUUAUCAAAAGCAUACUAUGGAUAUAUGGAAGUUCUGUUCAACAACAAUAUCACAAUCCGCUCUGUUCUCAAUUUGGAUACAAGCACAUUUGUGCAUAUUGUCAACUCGCUUGAAUCUGGCUUAAAAGGAUUUGAUACGGGGAUAUCAACACAGUGCGCUUCUGCCAUUGAUAGCUUGGCAGCUUUCUAUUUUAACAAUAUUACAUCUGGUGAUAAUCCUCCAUCACAAGCUGCACUGAAUCUUGCUCGGCAUAUUGGAGAGUUGCCCAAUUUGUUUCCUCAGAUAUUGAAGACACUUUUUGAAAUCAUUAUCUUAGAGGAUGUGGGUAAUCAGUGGAGUCUUAGUAGACCAAUACUGAGUUUGAUAUUGAUCAGUGAGCAGAUGUUUAGUGAUCUGAGAGCACAGAUAUUAGCGUCACAGCCUGUAGACCAGCAACAGCGCUUCUCUCAAUGCUUUGAGAAACUCAUGACCGAUGUCACAAGGAGCUUGGAAUCAAAGAACAGAGACAGAUUCACUCAAAAUCUUACAACAUUCAGACAUGAUAUCCGAAUGAAGUAACAGCCGUUCAGUAUGAGCUGUCAAUUUUGGUGGUGCUUCUUUGCUGUAAAUACCCAGCUUAUUUUCCAUCUUAGGAAUCACCUUUUGUUGGGAAAAAGUACUUGAGAUCAAGAACCCAGUCUGGCUCGCAUUGCUGAAAGAUGAAGGGUUCUGUCAGUGCAUGAUGUGGCGAAAACCAAUUGUAAUUUGUAGAUCUAUUAGCUGGCCGUUCUUAUCAGAAUAGUGAAUGGUGGGAAUUGAUUUGUCUUUUUCUAUGCAUCUCUUUGUUCGUACAACAACAUUCAUUGUGACCUGCCGUUUCCCCAAAGUGUUAGGGGGACAAUGGCCAUCACUUGCCUAAUUCAUUGGUUAAGAGUUAGAAGGUGAUGUUGUAAAUGGCCGCUGUGGCUUUGCUAAUAGGUGAAAAUGAUAGUCUGGGAGAAAGGGGAAGUUUUGCCCCCAUGUACAUCAAUGUCCAUACUUUAUCCCGUGUACAUCAGUAUCCAUCUUUUAACUUCGUUUCUGCAGAUCAAGCUAUUUUGUUUUGUCUA